CUCCAUCCUCAAAUCCUAUCCCCAUCCCUGCUUCACAGUCCAUACAUAGUAAUAGUACAGUUCAAUAUGCAUGACAGCUUUUCGCCCCAGUCUCCCGUCCCCGUCCCCAUCCCCAUCCCCAUCCCCAUCCCCAUCCCCAAUUCCCCGAUCCCCAAUACCCCAGUCCAACCAAUCCUCCCCACCCGCUCUUAUCAUCCAUUCAACUCAAUGGUUCAACCUCGACGAUCACCCCUCAUCCAGACACUACAUACAUCAUACAUAGUACAUAAUACAUAUGCACAAGUACCUACAUACAUGGAUGGAUAUGGAUAUGUAUACAUAUGUACCUCCCCGUGGUCAACCUACCCUAGUACCCUCCCUACCCUACCCACCUACAUACAUACAUACAUACACAUACACACAUACACACAUACACACAUACACACAUACACACAUACACACAUACACAAAUACCGCCUCACAAAACAAGACCAAAACAGCACGCAGAAUACACUUUCCUGUCGUGUAGCGUCACACGAACUCAAUUCGGGUUACCUACAUAUGUACCUACCUAGCUAGCUAUCUGCCCAGGUAGCAGGGAAUUGGUUCGACGGGCUUGUGGACCCCGCGUUUUGAUACUAAGUGUCGAUGUAUAAGAUAAAUGGAUGGGUGUGGAGAGAAGAUGAAGGAAGAUAAGCUGCGAUUGGGGUAGAUAAGGAAAUUGGAUCGGAUAGGAGGUAUUGCUGCUAGGUAGGAAGGGAUAGUGGGUAAUGGGCCAGGAGUCACUAGGUUGAGCUGGAGACCUAGUAGUACGGAGGAUACGGAGUAUGUCUGGCUAAGACUUGUCGAGGAAUGCCAGUUAUCACAUGGUGCAUGCAGCC